AUGCAGCAUAGAUCCGAGGAGCGUCAAGGCUGGAACAGCUCUCUCAUCAAGCGCCUAGCAGGCGAUCUUGGUGCUGCAGCGGUGUCCGCUACAUUGGUAGCUCCAGCUGUAACGAUUAUUGACCGGGCACUCGUUGAGAAAUCGGCAUCGAACCAGCCUCUCAUCCGCGGUCUUCGGAAACAUGCACUCGCUGCCCUCAAACAUCCUGCACGAUUUGCCUUUCAAUUACCGUUCGGCAUCAUAUGGGCCCUUUAUGGAGUAACAUUCACGGUCGCGAAUGGAGCGGACACAAUCAGCCACGAACUUAAAGCGAAGGCGACGGGGCUGAUCACAUUUCUGUCAACAACAUUGGUGAAUGUCCCGAUGGGAGUGUGGAAGGACAUUCGCUUUGCCCAAAUAUUCGGAUCAAAUGCCACGGCUGCCGGAGUCACGCGACCUCCGUUGGUGCAAAAUCGCAGUGUCGCGCGAGCAGCAACGGCCAUCUUUUUACUACGCGAUAGUGUGACUAUCUUCGGUUCGUUCACACUGGCACCUCGACUGUCAGAGAUGAUACCAGAUGAUCUAGCUUCUCACCCACAUACAAAGCCCAUUAUAGCACAGCUGACAGUUCCUGUCCUGACUCAAUUGGUUGCAACUCCUCUGCACUUGUUGGGUCUCGAUUUGUACAUGCGACAGCAUCAGGUACCGCUCGUCGAUCGAGUAGUGCAAUCUCAGAGAUAUCUAGCUUCGUCGACCGUGGUUAGGUGUAUUCGUAUCAUCCCAGCUUUUGGGUUUGGGUGUCUUGCGAAUAUAGAGCUACGGUCCUUUUUUCAAAGAAACUUCAAAUCCUAA